GUCUAUAUCUUAGUCAGGCCCAGAGCCAUUCGAUUCAAGGCUGUGCAAACAGAAGGCGCGACGUUGGCUUGCCCCGGUCACAAAGCCCACCAAACUUAUCUGACAUUCAUCAUAUCUGUAAAGACAGUACAAAUCCAAGAAUAUAUCGACUUCGGACCUCUUCUGGCCAAGCGGUGCCUCAUCGGCUUUGAGUUUGGGCGAGCGAAAUGCCAGCGGCGCGGAGGGCCAAGGUUUGGUAUGACAAGCAUCGCAAAUGCGAGGACGGAUCGGAGCACGAAGGCGAUCUGGAGCUGAUAACCUGGAAUGGCAAAACUGACGAUGGCGAGAAGAUGGGCUGGGGCGCUGUGGUCAUUGAGGAGGCGGAGGACCACAAGCGCAGUUUCUACAACGAGUACGGUGGCGACCAGGAGAGGUUCUUUGAGUGGUGGCCGCAGGGCUUCCGUUGGACGUGCUGCGGCUGCACCGGUGACAUGCCCUGGGGCUGCGACCACCACGGCACGGGCAGCAAGCCCUGCAAAUGUGACUUCUGUGUCAUGGGCAAGUCGCUACCGCCGCACAUUAGCCCUCUGACGUCGCAGCAGCGCAAGGGCCUGACGCUGUCACGGGGGCCCGACCCGCGCUCCCACAACCCGGCCCAGGCGGCAAUCAGCGAGGUCAUGCGCUCUCUGUUUGGCAUGGACAAGCCAACGAAGAGCAGCGGCAGCAGCGGCGCCAGUGGCAGCGGCAGCGGCGGCAGCGGGUCGAAACCAAAGCCGAAAGCUAAGGCGGCCAAGCUUGACGCAGCUGAGAAGGCGUCCGCGGGUGCGGCGGGCAGUGGCUCCAAGAGCAGCAGCGGCGCGGCAGGUAGCAGUGGCGGCGCGGCCGGUAGCAGCGCUAUGACGGCGGCAGCGGCAAGCGCAAUGCGGGGCGGCGGCAGCGCUACUGGUGCGGGCGGAGCAGCGGCGUUUGCAGCAGCCACGGCAGCACCGGCUGCUGAGAAGCGCGCGUGCGCUGUGUGCAGCGCGGAGCAGCAAGCGGACGGCAAGUCGCUGAUGCUGUGCGCCGCCUGCAAGGGCGUGCGCUACUGUGGCAUAGACUGCCAGAAGGCGGACUGGCCGUCGCACAAGGCUGCGUGCAAGGAGCUGCGCAAGCGGGGGGCGGCGCAGCAGGCGCAGUCGCCCUAGGUGCGUGGGUGGGCGCAUCAUGAAGGUAGGGGCAGGUGCGUGGCGGUGCUGGUGCUGGUGCUGGUGCUGGUGCUGGUGCUGGUGCUGGUGCUGGUGCUGGUGCUGGUGCUGGUGCUGGUGCUGGCGCUGGCGCUGGUGCUGGUGCUGGUGCUGGUGCUGGUGCUGGUGCUGGUGCUGGUGCUGGUGCUGGUGCAGAUGGCGUAGCAGGGAAGGUGGCAACAGCAGGUGCAGGUGAAGUUAUGGAAUUCGCGGCAGUAGCAGCAGGACGCUCAUAGGCCCAGGCUCUGCCGCCGCCGCUGCAGGCUGCAACUUUUAGACAUAUGCCGUAGUAGUUAUCAGCGUGCGUCGGUGGCGAAGUAAGCUUAGACACACAGUGGGAAUAAAACCUGGACGCGCGAAACCGGUGGUGAAGGCAGGAGCUGCAGCAGGACGUGUGGGGCGAGCAGGAUGACUAAUGAUGGCAGGAUUGGAAGCAAACAGAUCGCGUGCGGCGUCGUGGUUGCACACAGGUGCGCGCUGUCGCUGUGCAUGCAACCUAAUGGGGCGACGGUAGCGCAGAGAAGCGCGAUUUGUCAACACAGUUCCUGGUGAUAAAUGAGUGACCUUGCGUUUUGUUAUUUUGUAUGGAAGGAUUACGGUAUGCGCGCGUAUUGUUGGCUGGCGUGGAGGCUAGAAGCCGACGCACGUUCGAUUGACUGCAUUCCUUGUCAUAGGAUCAAUAGCGCUGUCGCACGUGAAGAUUGCAGGGCGGCGGGGCCCUCGCAGCAGCACAUACAGGAUGCCCACAUGGCCACACCUAUCCUGCCCACGAGCACACGUUGGGACGAAAAGGUAGUAGUAAUGGAGGGUAGUAAUGGAGGGACCUUCGUAGUUCAUAUUGUUACAUCUGGUCUUGGCCCAGCUUGGGGGACGGAGUUGCUAUAGCCUUUGCUUGCUGGCUUGGCUCGUUCUCGUAUAGAGCAUGUAAUGCACUCGUUGC